AAGCAGUGCGCGACCAUUCUUCACGCUUACGCACGGGGUAUUUAUUUCUUUUACGCGCGCGGCGAAGACAAACUGGUCCAGUUUUGGGCCUGUUGACCAUUUGCUGUCUGUCACCUCUCUGUUGGUGGUAAUAAUGCUUCCAAGUCCGGUCAUAACUUCUUCCACCACGCCUUUUUCUGUGAAGGACAUUCUGAAGUUAGAGCUGCAGCAGCAAUCUCAGCAACACCAGCUCCAGUUUAUCUCCUGCUUCGGUCUCUCUGGUGCGCUCUCACAACCGGGACCUUUCCCAAACAAAUCGUUUCGCUCCCAUUCACCGCCCUCCUGCAUGCUGGCCGGCAGGGACAGUCCAAGUCCCAUCAGCUCCGGCCUCUCGGAGAACGAGGAGAGGAUGUCGUACCUCAACGCGCUGACUGUACAUGACCGACUGGCGGAGUCUGGUCUGCCGGUGGAGAUGUUCAGCAACCCGGCGCAGAGCCACUCUGCAGACCUCCGGCUGGAGACCGAGCAGGAGGACACCAAGAGCUGCGGUGCGUUGCGGGCUGAGUGUGAGGACGCAGACUCGGAGAAGACCGCUAAUAAACAGCAAAGGACCAGAAGGAAACCUCGCGUCCUUUUCUCCCAGGCUCAGGUGUUCGAGCUGGAGCGGCGGUUCAAGCAGCAGCGCUACUUGUCCGCCCCGGAGAGAGAGCACCUGGCCAGCUCGCUGAAACUCACCUCCACCCAGGUCAAGAUCUGGUUCCAGAACAGGAGGUACAAAUGCAAGAGGCAGCGGCAGGACAAGACUCUGGAGAUGGCAGGCCAUCACCAUCACCACCACCAUCCACCUCCGCCGCCCAGGAGGGUGGCUGUGCCGGUGCUGGUCCGGGACGGGAGGCCUUGUCUGACUGGAUCCCAAAACUAUAACACCUCUUACACAGUCGGAGCUCCAAACCCGUACAGCUACAAUGGCUAUCCGGCCUACAGCUACAACAACUCGGUGUAUACCAACACUUACUCUUGUACUUAUUCUAGUCUACCUGCUCUGCCGCCCAGUAACACCACUGCAAAUGCGUUGAUGAACAUGAAUUUGGGGAAUCUUGGAGCACAGACGCAAAGCCAGGCUCACCAAGGACCAGUGGUCACACCCUGUCAAGGAACUCUGCAGGGCAUCCGGGCAUGGUAGCGCAGUUUUUACGCACAAUCACAGCUAGAGGAGACUUCUCUGGGAUAGCUGAAUGGACUCAAGUCAACUAAUGCAAUGAAAGCACAUUUUAAAACUCUAAAGAAAAUACAUGGCUUCCAGGCGGGCCUUCAAGGAAACUCUAACCCGCUACAGUUGACUGAGAUACAAACUAUAUACAGAUUUUUUUUUUCAUCUCUGAGCCUCAAUGUUUAUAAAACGUAUUAAAACUGCUGUUGGAUAUUUGAUUGUUGGACUGAAUGUUUCCGAUAAGACUGUGCGUAAUUUGGCAUAUUGAGGAUCAAAAAGUAAUGUAUUAACAUUUCCAUAAAAACACACACAUGCUUUUAUCAAUAGCCUACAGAAUUAGAGUAAUUAUUGAUCCAAGUGGACCCAUUCAAUCGCCUUCCUCAUGCAGUUUUAUAAAGUAUUAUGUUGUUUAUUAUUUUUUAACAUGCAGAGUGACUUGUGUUUGGCCAGUAGCCUUUUCUAUGAAACAAAG